UGUUAACCCAAGCCUUAGAUUAGAAGCCUAUUUUCCGAUGAUAUUCCAUUGAAAUUUGUGUAAAGAGUGGCCUUAAUUGUGAAAAUCAUAAAUUGAGUUCUGAUUCAACAAAAUGGACAUCAAUGAAGUAAGCACCACAGAAGACCUAUGGACCCCGUACAAGGAGCUGGCAGCGGUGGUGGACAGUUACUUGAGCAGCGACGGUGGCAGCGCGCCCUACGCCGUGCACACCUUCGAGGCGGUGCUCCGGCGGCAGGCGCAGGCCUUCCGGGCGCUGCCGCAUAACCCACCAAAGAACCCGACGAGCCGUGAGGAGAUCAAGCGCGGUGUCACGGAAGGCGUGACGCUGCCCAGCCUGGGCGAGACCGUGCUCUCCGAGGAGCUGGUGGACGAGGCCAUCAUCAUAUCGGGUCUAUACUCCAAGAAAAUUCAUUAA